AUGUCUGAAUCCCAAUCCGGAAAGCACCACCUGCUAAUUGGUGUGCCUUCCUCGACAAAAGAAUAUGCAUACCUGGCAAACUGCUUUGAAAAUAUCUACCAGAAACACAGGGAGAUGCUGGAAAAAGACACGACGAGCCAAGAGUCUCCAUACAUUAUCUUCACAGGCGUCGAUAAAGAGACAUUUUCCCGAGACUUUGGAGAAGGAGGCAAUCACUGCGACUCAUAUAUACCAUCAUUGGGUUUGGUACUGGUCGAUAUGAUCACUCCACGGCAUGAGCGUGCCCAUAGGCAUCUGGACAGGAUAAUACAAUGGCACAUAAACGAGUUUGCGAACGGAAUAGAUGACGGACUUGAAUACACCGGACAAGCAAGUCGCACAUCUGAAGAUCGCGAGAAACGACCCGACACGUCCUACCAACCAGCAGAUCUUCCUGCUAGAAGAUCUGACCAAUGGCCAUCGCUUGUUAUCGAAGCCGGAUGGUCGGAAACAAGAGUACAGCUGGAACGUGAUGCCCGUUGGUGGAUUGACGCAUCAAAUGGAGACGUUAAGGGGGUUAUAACGGCAGCAGUACAGCGAGGAUCAUGGUCAAUUAUACUUGAGUACUGGCAUUUCGUCCCCAGCCCAUUACGAAGCGACCCGGGAAAACAAGUCAUUAAAUUGACUCAUCAUACGACAAUAUCUCAGGCGAACAGAGACAGUCCUAUACAGGCCUCCAAUGUGCCGUUCAUAAUACCCUUUGAGGAUCUUUAUCUACGGGGCGCCAACACCAACACGAAAGAAUGCGACAUAGUUAUCUCGCGUGAGGAGUUGGAACUGUAUGCGAUGCGUGUUUGGAAGGGCUCAUAUUAG